UUGAAUUCAAAUUUAAGAUCAUAAACGGGUAAAUUCGUCUCCUAAAUAUAGGCAUAUACAAGCCUAGAGAAAUAUGAUCUGCCCGUUUAUCUCCAACGGUAGCUAGCAAUGGAUUCGCCUAUAAUUUUUGGAAGCCCACUUAUAACUGAUUUCCUGUGAUUGUUUAUCUUUAAGUAGGCAUAUCUAUCUGCGAAAAAUCUCUUCCUUUGAUUCCCUCUGUUCAAAUUCAAUAUCAUAAACGGAUAACUUCAUCUCCUAAAUAUAGCUGUAUGCCUAUAUACAACCAUGGAGAAGCAUGAUCUGCCCGUUUAUCUUCAACGGUUAGCUAGCAAUGAAUUCUUUGCCCUAUUCUUUAAAUCUAUGAGCUAGGUUAUUCUUUGCCCACUCUCUCUUUUUUUUCCCCGGGAUUGAUCAAAAAGAUGGACAAAAAAUUAAUGAUUGUAAAGAUGAGGGGAGGUGAAUUCGACAUCUGAAAGAGCCAUGUUGGCUUGAGCAGAGAUGGAGGAAGAAGGAGAAGGUAAAACUUAUAACUUCUAUGGCAGGUUUACGUUCCAUGUAAAACUAUGCUUCAAACGCCGCGUACAUUGGUGGGAUGGCUGGAAGAAAGAAGGGGACUCAGUUGAAGAGGAGAAUCCAGCAAAAGAAAAGGAUGUUGGGAUUCUUAUUUGCUCUCCCCUUGAGCCAGCCUUGGCACUUAUUGGCCAAACUGUUAAUGGCCGGGAAGUUGUUGGCAUUCGUGUGGUGAAGGUUGAACACCAUGAUAGUCCCUGUAUAGACGCUGGAAUUUCUAAGCUGAAAGAUGUUGAAAAAGUGGUUGUUGUUAAAGAGGGUGAACUCAAGAGAUUGUGGGAGGAAGAGUGUAUGCCAUUGGAGACCCAAGCUGAAUCUGCUGUUGACUCCCAGAAUGAGGAGGGUGCAGAUUGGAGUGAGGUAGCAGGGCAAGGAGGAGGUCUGGGAGAAAUCCUUCUUGAGUACCAAUCAAAUAUUAUCUAUUGCUGAUUGGUUCUCCUUCCCUGUAGACUCUCCUUAAGUUGAAGUCUAAAGAAAGUUGUAUAAAUUGAUUUGAACACCCUAUUCGCCUUUUGAACAUCCCAGAAAAGAAAAUAGAAUAAAAGAAUAAAAGAAUUGAAGGGAUAAGCAAGGGAGAUAUCUAUUAAACCAAAGGAAUAGCAUUAGAUUUUUAUAAGAUUGGGUAUCAUUGUCUAUACAUAUAUUUCAUUUAUUUGAAUAUUCCUCACCAAGAAA